AUGAGCAACAUCAACAACACCAAUGACUAUGUCACUGUUAGUGAGACUUCUUCAAAGAAGUACAAUGCUGCCCUAACCGAGUUCAACUCAAUAUUUCUUGUUGGAAGAGAAUUCUCUUCAACUGUAGCUGUCCGUGAAGCCACCAAGGCAUAUGGUGCUAAGCAUAAUAUUGCACUCACCACAUAUUCUUCUUUAAGCACCCAUAUAAGAAUGAUUUAUAAGCACUAUGUUGUUUUGGAAGCCUCUGUCAACCAAAAAACCCCUGUUCCUGGGUGCAAAAGAGAACGUGUAAAGGAUACCCAGAAGAGUGGUUGCCCUUGUUUCAUAUAUGCUUUGGAAAAGAAGGAUGGAAAAGUUUUAGUCCAUUCUUGUGAGACAAAUCAUAACCAUCCAAUUGUGGAAGACCAUAGAGCAUAUGCUCUGUAUCGAAAACUUUCUUCUGAAGCCAUGAUUCUUGUUACAAAGCAUCUGGAAGAUAAUAAUAAUGAUAUUGAGAAUAUUAAGCAGCAUUUUGGAAAGUCCAAGAAUGGAAAGGAAAUGUUUAGUUUUACAACAACACUACAGGAUCUUGACUUCUAUGUCAGAUACACUGUUGGUAAUAGUGAAGAAAACAAGAUAAGUAUGGUCUUCUUUGUCCAUAAAUACUGCAAAAUUGGGCUUAAAUUAUUGCCUAACAGACGUCUGUUAUUUUUCAUAAUAGAUGAUAAAUACAUUGUAACUCCAUAA